GCCGACUCAAAACCCCGUUUCCGAUACGGGCCGUGUUAGGGGUCGGGACCUGGACCUCAUGCUACUCCGCUGACAGGAAUCUGGUCCCUCUCAACACGUAUAAGAACCUCCAAAGCGCCACAGCUCAAUAGACUGGCGCUCGUGUUUGCAAACUUCACCAAAUCUGCGCCGCAGCCCUUCAGCCUGAGCUCGACCACCGACUUUCGUAGUACAUUGAUCUCGUUAGGUAUUGAAAGAAGCUCGUCCCCAGAGGUUGGGGCAAGCGACAUGAUAAUCGACCAAAUAAUGCCCAAGUCGGCUGUUCUGCAUCGUGACCUGCGGCAUCAAUUUCUGCAACUCGCCAGUUGCGAGGGUCACUACUGCAUUCUAACAGACGGGAGGAAGAUCUUCGAUUCUUCUGGCGAUGCCGCUGUGGCGUGCCUUGGCCACGGACACCCCAGAGUUCUAAAGGCGAUAAGACAGCAAGACGCGAUCGCCACAUAUUGCGCAACAACGUUCUUUGCGCACAGCACAUCUGAGGAAUUAUGUCAACUUCUCGUUGACUCAACUGAGGGCCACAUGUCAAAAGCCUACAUCGUAAGCAGUGGUUCAGAAGCUAUGGAGGCGGCAAUGAAACUUUCGCGUCAGUUUUUUCUCGAACAGACACCGGCACAGCGCACAAGAUACAGAUUCAUAUCCAGAAGCCGCUCCUAUCAUGGGAUCACGCUGGGGGCGCUGUCUGUUGGCGGACACGCUGGCCGACGAGCGAACUUUGAGCCCAUGAUGUGCAAUAACACAUCAGUCGUGUCCCCUUGUUUUUCUUACAGAGGCCAGGCAAGUCACGAGACCGACGCUAUGUAUGUUGCAAGACUCGCGAAGGAGUUGGAGGACGAAUUCAUACGCCUUGGUCCCCACAUAAUAUGUGCAUUUGUUGCAGAGCCCGUAGUUGGAGCGGCACUUGGCUGUGUGCCUGCAGUACCAGGCUAUUUCAAGGCCAUGAAAGCAGUGUGCGAAAAAUACGGAGCGCUACUUAUUCUCGUUGAAGUCAUGUGUGGCAUGGGUCGAACAGGCACCCUUCAUGCAUGGCAAGAUGAAGGUGUGGUCCCUGACCUCCAAACCAUUGGCAAGGGGCUUGGUGGUGGCUAUUGACCAAUUGCAGGACUCCGAUCAGCCGUCGAUUUGUAGAUGUGCUUGAAAAUGGCAGCGGUAUCUUCGUUCAUGGCCAUACUUACCAGGCUCAUCUCAGCGCCUGUGCAGCGGCUCUUGAGGUUCAACGCAUCGUUGUAUCCGAUAACCUUCUGGAGAACGUGAGGGAUAAGGGGAGCCGCUUAUUCAGGCAGCUCAGAAGCAACCUUGACAGUCAUGCUCAUGUCGGCGACAUCCGUGGGAAAGGACUCUUCUGGGGCAUCGAGUUUGUCUGCGAUAAGCGCACUAAAGAUCCAUUCCCGCGCCACGCGCAGAUCGCAGCGACAUUGUCCGAUCUGGCGCUCACUGAGCACUGCGGGAACCCAGGAGCCGGCACAGUCGAUGGCUACAGUGGAGAUCACAUCAUCCUGGCACCGCCGUACACCAUCACCGAUUCUGAUGUUGAUUUUCUUGUAGAGACUGUGACAAAGCUCAUACAUCAUUUCUUCCAUUAUAAGAUUAACCUCCCCGAGAAGUCGAGAGACAGCUGAAAUCUACUCGACCUUGUGGUAUUGAUUUGAGCUGAACCAGACCAAGAUACAAAGAACUUUGAGAGGGCCAGAAGAACUGUCCCGGGCCAUCAUUUAGGAAGAGCAUCAACAGAACGAGGUCACAUUCCACAAACAGUCGAGCAUAUGUCAAUCAAACCUGAGAUGUU